UCUUUUGUUUCUCCUUUUUCCUCCCUUAGGAAACGACCUAGAGGCCUUACAGAUACAUUUGUUCUUUUGUCGCUCUUCUAAUCUGCAUUUUGUGGAGGAGAAGGGGCGAGAUCUGGGAGCACAUUUUUGUUUCCGCAGUGAUUAACUACCUCAGCCAGCAGAAGGAAACGGCGAGGACGUUGAGGAGGCCGGCAAAGUUUCCAACAGCAGUCCUAUCAGCUGGCUUCCUUUUAACCGCCACAGACAGUGUGAAGAGAAUCUCUGACGGACUGGUUGUCUGCCCUCCACUCUGCUCCAUACACACAGAGAGGAAGUGAAGUGACAAGGCACCAUUGUCCUACUGGAUAACAGAUUUUUGUCUCUCUUUGUCAGACUCCUUGCUGUUGACCAGUGCCACAUUUCUUUUCAGAUUCUUCGCAUUUUUUGCUUACAGCUUUUAAAGAUUUUCUAACUAUAUAUGUUAUACAAAAGGACAUUUUCUGCUUCUAUUUGAAGGAAUUGUUAUGCACAUGAAUCUUGUCUUGGAAUGAGAGAAUCGUGGAGUGUUUUCAGUUUUUUGCACUGUCCUCUCAUAAACCAUUGACUCCUUUUGAGUCAGAUUCGGGAAGUUGCAUUUCUACCUUUUUAUUUUUUCUGGGACUGUCCACCGUGACCUGCAGCAGGGCUGCACAUAAACAUCACACUUAGUCAACAAGUCUCUACCCUGCAUCACUCUGUUAGUUACAAAGCAUUUUGAGACAAGUUUCUGGUAGAUGGAGCCCUUAAGUUGUCUUUUUACAUAAAUUCCAGGACUAUUGGUUUGUUGUAUUCUAUAAGAGAGAGAGAGAGCUUCUGGUUGGCUGAAAUCCGGAGCUUCCAGAGUCAGCCUGACACUUAUGUAUUGUUGUAGUGCGCAGGAAAGUAAAAUGGACUACAAGCGGCGCUUUUUGCUCGGCGGGUCCAAGCAGAAAGUGCAGCAGCACCAGCAGUACCAGAUGCCUGAGCUGAGCCGGACCCUCAGCGCCCCCCUGGGCUCCACCUGCUCCCCCAUGGGUGGCUCCACCGGGGUGGGUAUGCCCGGCAGCUGCCAACCACCUCCCUCCACCCCCAACACCACUGCGGUCGCCGACAUCCAGCAGGGCAUCUCCAAGUACCUGGAUGCACUGAAUGUGUUCUGCAGGGCCAGCGCCUUUCUCACUGACCUGUUCAGCAGCGUGUUCAGGAACUCUCACUACUCGAAAGCAGCUAUGCAACUUAAGGACGUGCAGGAACAUGUCAUGGAGGCGGCCAGCCGGCUGACUGCAGCAAUAAAGCCAGAGAUCGCCAAGAUGCUGAUGGAGCUGAGCGCUGGGGCUGCCAACUUCAAAGACCAGAAUGACUUCAGCCUGCAGGAUGUGGAGGUGCUGGGUCGGUGCUUCCUAACAGUGAUGCAGGUGCACUUCCAGUUCCUAUCCCAGGCCCUGCAGAAGGUGCAGCCUGUGGCCCAGUCGUGCCUGGCGGAGGCCCUCGCCCAGGCCCAGGAGCGACGCAGCAAUGUCCGCUCCCAGAGCUCCUGUCCUGGGCCCCUGACGGAGCUGGAGGAGGCUUCACGAUCAUGGAAGGGUGCAGCCGAGGCCACGGGACGUCUGAGGGAGAGGGGACGUGACGGCUGCCUGGCAGGCAUCCAGGUCCAGCAGCUCUUCUGCUCCAACAACCCCAACAUCCCUGAUCACCAUCUGAAGGAGCUCAACAUGAAGAUCGACAAUGCCUUACAGGCUUAUAAAGCAGCACUAGAAAGUAUGGGCCACAGUGAAUAUGCACUGAAGGCUGGCUUUCACCUCAAUCCCAAAUCUGUGGAGGCAGCUUUACAGGGUUGCUGCAGUGAGGCAGAGGCCCAGCAGGCUGGCAGGAUGCAGACCAUCUCCCAGCCCAUUCAGUGUGAGCUGCCCACCAUCCCUGUGCAGAUUGGUGCCCACUUCCUCAAAGGAGUGUCCUUCAACGAGUCGGCUGACAACCUCAAACUGAAAACGCACACCAUGUUGCAGCUCAUUAAAGAGGCAGUGGGGCAGAACGGAGUGACCCGGGACGACUCCCCCGUCACUGAGGUCCUCAACCAGGUCUGUCCUUCCAGCUGGAGAAUGGCCUGCAAGACCGCCGUCCAGUUACUGUUCGCUCAGGCGGGACUGGUGAGUACAAAGCACUUAAGAUGUCAACAAGGGCAGCAAACGCACCCAGAUUAAAAUACUUGUCUCAUUAGAU